ACCAGUCAAUGAUAAAUUUGUUCGGAAAACAAUACGAGAGCUAUAUGGCAGUAGCAGCACUGGCACCCAACAUUUUUUAGAUCCAAAGUCAGACUCUGAUGUACCAAUCAGAAAUCGAGCUUACAGAAAUACUGUUUGUGCUAAAUGUAUCUUCAUUAACUGCAAAGACAUAUCUGCUUCUACAGUGUCAAUGCUACAGUCAAUAGUGAAUAAAGAGAAUGAAGAGAAGGAAUAUAAUGAUAAUGAUAAUGAUUUAAGUUUUGAUAAUGCUGCUUAUUCAAGUGAAAGUUCUGCAGGAAAUGUGAGAGAGACCCCAGAUGCACAUGGUGAUGUGAAAAGGGACACAGAAACUAACAAUAAUGGAGAGUUUGGAGACGUUUUUUCAUUAGUAGAAGACUUGGUCACAACUGAUACUGGAGGUGUUAAUUCAAAAACAAGCAGUAAGCCAUGCAUCAUUGUUUUUCAGUUUGCAGAGCCUGAAAUAACCGAACAUGUUCUGAGCAUAUUGCUCAAUUAUCUGACCAAAUUCUGUGCUGUUCUACCAUUAUGUCUGAAGAACAUAACUUUCAAAAUAAAUUUAUUAAAAGAAAUUUAA